AUGAACUUGGCGGAGACGAGGACAACAUUUUCAAAACAGGUCCCUAAAGAAUCUCACCUAUCCACAGAUGUUAAGGCGGGAGUAAGCGGUGGUCCCAUGCUAGCAAACAGUUUUCCCAAGGAUGUGAAGAAACUGGUUAAAGAUGGAAGAGUGGAUGGUCUUUACCUGAAAAAGUCCCCAGAUUGGUUACCGCAGAAUGCUAAAACCAAAAAACUAUCCACUCAUCAACUUCCUAGGGAGGGGGGAGUAUUUGACAUUUCAAGUGAUCAAGUUACUCAAAACUCUGCUAAUCGCUCAUUCGUUGACACAAAGAAAGAUGCUAAUGUUGUGAGGAUCAAACGGAGUGGACCAGAACUGUCCGAAUCAACAAAUGGUGUUAAAAGCCCCUUUCCUGGCGGGGCGCUUUUGGGUGAGGGAAAAAGCACUGACGUCUCGCUGGACGGGCACAGGCUGAAUUCCGAAUUUAAUUGGAACAGGGACGAUGACAAAGUGACAAACCAUCGGAAAGACGAGCCCAAACUAAUCAGCACCACUUUCCCGCUGUCGGGGGAUUCUGCUCAUAACCAAGCAAUGGUGCAUUGGUCUGGACACAACAGCAGCGUAAUCCUCAUAUUGACAAAGCUUUAUGACUUCAACCUGGGCAGUGUCACUGAAAGCUCCUUGUGGAGGUCCACGGACUACGGCACAACCUACGAGAAACUCAACGAGAAAUUAGGGAGGACAGUCAUGAGUUACCUGUAUGUCUGUCCAACAAAUAAGAAAAAGAUAAUGGUGCUGAGCGACCCAGAAGUGGACAGCAGUGUUUUGAUCAGCUCGGACGAGGGAGCGAGCUAUCAGAAAUUCCGCCUCAACUUCUACAUCCUGAGUCUGCUGUUUCAUCCAUCGCACGAAGACUGGAUUCUGGCUUACAGUAGUGAUCAAAAGUUGUACAGCUCAAUGGAUUUUGGAAGAAAAUGGCAACUUGUCCUUGAACGUGUAACUCCAAACAGAUUUUACUGGUCAGUAAUCGGCCUAGACAAGGAGCUGGAUUUAGUGCACGUGGAGGCCCACUUUGCUGAUGGACGGGCCCACUAUGUGACCUGCAGAAUUCAAGGCUGUUCAGAAUCAGGUGGAAACUAUCCGUUCCCAGGGCAUAUCGACACCAGCUCCCUGGUCGUCCAGGAUGACUAUGUUUUCAUUCAGGUUACCACAGGAGGACGGGCCAGUUACUUUGUAUCCUAUCAAAGAGAACCAUUUGUGCGAAUUAAACUACCCAAAUACUCCCUUCCCAAAGACAUGCACAUUAUCAGCACAGAUGGGAGCCAGGUCUUCGCAGCUGUACAAGAAUGGAAUCAGAAUGACACGUACAACCUCUAUAUAUCAGAUAUUCGUGGGGUCCAUUUCACUCUGGCCCUGGAGAACCUCCGAACCACUAAAGGCAUAGAGGGAAAUAUAAUGGUCGACCUGUAUGAGGUAGAAGGGAUCAAAGGAAUUGUCAUUGCCAACAGAAAGCUUGAUAACCAAGUGAGAACUUAUAUCACGUACAAUAAAGGUCAAGACUGGCGUUUAAUACAAGCUCCUACCUCAGACCUUGCCGGCAAUGACAUACACUGCGUUUUGCCAUUUUGUUCCCUCCAUCUGCAUUUGCAGAUGUCAGACAAUCCCUACAUUUCUGGAAGUAUCUCCAGUAAGAGCUCUGCCCCUGGAAUAAUAGUGGCAACAGGCAAUAUUGGAGCUGAACUCUCAUACAACAAUGUUGCAAUGUACAUCUCAUCUGAUGCAGGCAACAGCUGGAAACAGAUUUUUGAGGAAGAACACAAUAUCUGGUUCCUGGACAAAGGGGGUGCUCUUGUUGCUGUUAUACAGGCAACAGUACCUGUUCGCCAUUUAUGGAUCAGCUUUGAUGAAGGGAAGCAGUGGGACAUGAGGAGCUUCUCUCUGGUUCCUUUGUUCGUCGAUGGAGUUCUCGUCGAGCCUGGGAUGGAAAACCACAUAAUCACGUUGUUUGGACACUUCAGUCACCGAUCGGAGUGGCAGCUUAUCAAGAUAGAGUACAAGUCUAUCUUCACCAGGAGGUGCAAUGAAGGGGACUACCAAACCUGGCACUUACAUAACCAGGGGAAUCCUUGUCUGAUGGGAGAGAAACAGGUCUAUUUGAAACGCAGACCAGGGAACCGCUGCAUGCUGGGAAAAGACUAUUCUAGAAUCCUAUCUGCUGAACCCUGUGUAUGCAAAGCAUUUGAUUUUGAAUGUGAUUACGGGUACGAACGUCACAGGAAUGGAGACUGCUUACCAGCGUUUUGGUUCAACCCAGAGACCAUGUCCAAGAGCUGCAGACAAGGACAGAGCUACUUCAACAGUACUGGCUACCGGAAAGUGGUGUCCAAUAACUGCACUCAAGGAGUGCAGGACGUGUUCACAGCCCGGAGGCAGAGCUGCCCAGACCGACCCCCUCGAGGCCUGCAGCUUGUGACGAGCGACGGGAGGCUAGAGGCCGCACUGGGCAGCAACGUCACCUUCUUCGUGCAGCUGGAAGACGGGGAUUCAAUGAGAACCAAUAUCCAACUGGAUUUUGGGGAUGGGAACACUGUUUCAUAUUCAAACCUCAGCUGGACAGUGGAUGGAAUCAAGCACAUGUACAGAUCUGCGGGGAUAUUUCGAGUGACUGCACUUGCAUUGAACAGCCUUGGGGUUGACAGUAACACCCUCUACUUACACAUCACAAGUCCCGCAGAGCGCAUCCACCUCUCUGCGCCCUUCGUUGCCAUAAAGAACACGGAAGUCAAUCUCACUGCCAUGGUCUGGCCCAGCCAACCCAGAACAUCGCCUUUCUUCUGGUGGUUUGGAAACAGCACGGAGCCAAUAAUAACCUUGGAAGGAAGCAUCCCUUAUACUUUUGUUAAUGAGGGAAUUAACACUGUCACGGUCCAGGUGUCUUCUGGGAAUACCAUACUGCAAGACACAAAGCACAUAGCCGUUCAAGAAUUCUUCAAAUCACUUCUUUUAUCUUUCUCCCCUAAUCUGGAUGACUAUAACCCAGACAUCCCUGAGUGGAGACUGGAUGUCAGUGUUGUGAUCAAGAAGGCCUUGUUAAAAGUUUGUGAUUUUCCUGAAGAGCAGCUUCUGGUGGCUGUGUUUCCUGGGAUACCAACUGCUGCUGAGCUUUUUCUGCUACCACACAAAAACCAAUCAGAAGGCAGGACAACUUGGGAAGAGGAUCUGGUGCAUAUUUCAGAAAUCCUUGUCACUGCCCUGAGCCAGAACCUGGUUGAGUUUGAGCUGAAACCGGGUGCUCGAGUUAUUGUUUAUAUCACACAGUUAACCUUGGCUCCCCUGGUGGACUCCAGCUCCAGGCAGAGCAGCUCAGCUAUGCUCAUGCUUUUAUCUGUGGUGGCGCUGGGUUUAGUCGUCUUCUUACUUUACAAGUUUAAAAGAAAAAUACCAUGGAUCAACAUUUACGCAGAAGUAAACCACGAGAAAGAACAGGAGAUGAUUGGCUCUGUUAGCAAACGUGAGAACAUACCCAAAAUGCCCCUUAACGAGUUCUCAGCCUCCAAGGAGCACAUGGAGAAGGAGCUGGAAGCCCGAAUGAGAGGGGGACUUGGGGUCGUCAGCGGAUGUGAAAACCGAAGGGUAAUUCCAAACUGCACUAGUGUUUAAAACCAAACUGCACUAGUGUUUAAAACCAAACUGCAACGUGCUGUAAUUCUGCCUUUUUCUCUUCUUUUCUUUUUUUUUAAAACUUGGUAUACAUCAAAAAACAAGUCACGUAUUUCGUAAGAACUCGUGUAUACAGAUUGCAUGGGUUUUACAAGAUCUGUAGGUUCUGCCUUGUUCUCCUUAACAAGGAUUUUUAAAAUGUAUAUAAAUCUUUGACAAAGCAUAAACCACAAAAAUGGGAUUGUGAACUCGUCUGUAUUGAUUUAUUUUUUUACAUUUAUUUUUUAAGUAUGAGAUGGAUGUCUGUUGAGAUGGAUACCAAAGGAUAAUUCAGUGCAGUGCUAUUUAUUUAUUUAUUUAUUUAUUUAUUUAUUUAUUUAUUCAUUCAUUUUUUGUUGCUGUUCCAGAUAGCAAGUUUAAGUGACAAUUCAGAUUGUGCAGUUACAUUGUUUUGACCCCUAUGACAGUGGUCAAUAUCGUCAAUGCAGGAAGAGACCGUGUAUUCAGCCUCUGACCACUCUGUGACUAUGGUUCAAUUUUAUUUUACACUUUAAUUAUGCAUUCAUUCUACUGACAACCAUAGCAAGCUGUGAUGAAAUUAUUAAAUAUACAUUUCACACCAUCCCAAUAUUUAAUCAAUUAUGUUGGUAUCCUUGUAUUUAUUCACAUAUAGCUUUAGAUUUUGCUUAGAUAUGCCUUUGUGUUCAUUGGCCUGUUUGUUUUGCUGUUAGAAAUUUAAUAUUCUUUACUACAAACAGGAAUACCAAGCUGUUAGGGUCCACUGGAGUGCACAUUGCACUAUCCUAUGUAUUUUCUAAGACACUUACAAUGUAGAAAUAUGCCCUUCAUAAGAUUUCCUCAUUCACCCCUGCCAACAGGCCAUAAACACAAAGUGUGUCAUAAAAAUGUUCAAGGUGUUUGGUCAAAGGAAUGGAAUUUAGUCGUUAUCAGCACCAAUGCUAAUGGAUGUAUUACUAGACUAUCUUAUCUGUCUUUACAAUAUUUUCUAUGUUUCUCUGUAAAUAAGCAGUCUCUUAACUUUCUACAUUUAUGUAACUAUGAAGGACAAAAUGGGCCUGUGUAUACUGUAUUUCAGAUACCUUUUUGAUCUUACGAGCCACGGAUUCCAUCCCUGUCACUGGGGCUGGAUUCUUAACGCUGACAAUAUCCUGUAUAUAUAAAUGUUGUAAAGUCAUCGAUUUGUUCCAUUUUUGUACAUGCUCAAAAGGAUAGCUUAUUUGAAUUGCGUUUUGCAUAUUCAUUCCGUAGAUUGAUAUUAAAUCUCAAACCGAUAAAGACUUCAUUUGUUUGCCCCCUAAUAAAUUUAUGCAUUUUAUUUAUCAAUCACACAUUUACAUGAGUAAAUGAAACUCAUUUUCUUUAUUGCUGACACAUUAAUUUGUGCAUUGGAUAUUAGGCGACUGCUCUGCCAUGUAUUUGCACAUUAAAAUAUCAUGUGCUAUAUCAGCAGUCUGGUAGCUUGGUAGCUUUACUUGCCAUAGAAAUGGUGCAGAAUUAUCCUAUAUUGAAGACUAGCCUUGCAAUGAAAAUAUAUUUCUACAGUAAUGGCAAACAACUACUGUAUAUAAUUUACAGCACAAAAUGUUCAAAUCAUUAAGAAUCCACUUGCAUGCUUUUUAAUUUAAUUCAUCUUCAAAUUACUU